GCACUUCCCUCUGAAGAACCCGGCUGGCUGCGGCUUUCUCCUUUCCUGUGUUGGAGAAAGAAAUAGGAAAAGAGGAGAAUUAAAGCUUUAUCGAACAAAAUUUUCCCAGUAGUCAGUCUGUACAACGUUGUAUUGGGAAGGAGGGCGGGCGGGCAAAACCCUAACCAAGUCUAAUUGUUGUUUCAAGAUUUCAGUCCUGUCAGGAAACUCCUCCGAAUUCAGGAAUGGCACUCUUUUUGCAGGCCGGUCCAUCGUGUACCCUCCCCAGGGACUUUGUGCAAUGUAAAGCUGGACAAGGUGCCCCCUUUGUCGUACCUAAAAGUAGAGAGCCAUCGGAUCUUAGAUUUUCAUCGCCGUCAAGUAAGAAUUCCGGGUUACUGAGGUUGGAUACUCUGACCAAAAGAAGCCGUAGUGCCAUUGUUGCUGCAAGCCCUCCUACAGAAGAUGCUGUAGUAGCUGCAGAGCCACUAACCAAAGAGGAUCUUGUUGGAUACCUUGCCUCUGGCUGCAAGACUAAAGAAAACUGGAGAAUAGGCACAGAACAUGAGAAGUUUGGUUUUGAUAUUGGAAGUUUACGUCCUAUGAGAUAUGAGCAAAUUGCGGAUUUGCUUAAUAGUAUUGCUGAGAGAUUUGAUUGGGAGAAAAUAAUGGAAGGUGAAUACAUCAUCGGCCUCAAACAGGGGAAACAGAGCAUAUCACUAGAGCCUGGUGGUCAGUUUGAACUUAGUGGUGCACCUGUUGAAACUUUGCAUCAAACUUGUGCUGAGGUCAACUCACACCUGUAUCAGGUAAAAGCUGUUGCUGAAGAAAUGGGAAUUGGAUUCUUAGGAAUUGGGUUCCAGCCUAAGUGGGGAAUCAAAGACAUACCUAUCAUGCCCAAGGGAAGAUAUGAUAUCAUGAGGAACUACAUGCCUAAAGUUGGCACAUUGGGACUAGAUAUGAUGUUCAGGACUUGCACUGUUCAGGUUAAUCUGGACUUCAGUUCUGAAGCUGACAUGAUAAGGAAAUUCCGUGCUGGUUUAGCUAUGCAACCGAUUGCAACAGCUCUCUUUGCAAAUUCGCCUUUUACUGAAGGAAAGCCAAAUGGAUAUCUCAGCAUGAGAAGCCAUGUUUGGAUUGAUACGGACAAUAACCGCACUGGGAUGUUACCUUUCGUCUUUGAUAACUCAUUCGGGUUUGAGCAGUAUGUCGAUUAUGCUCUUGAUGUUCCCAUGUAUUUCGUUUAUCGGAACAAGAGAUAUGUUGACUGCACUGGAAUGUCAUUCCGGGUUCCCAUCUAUCCUUAUUACUCUUCAAAGGUUCUGCAGGACUUUCUGGCCGGAAAGCUUCCUUCCCUUCCCGGUGAACUGCCGACCCUUAAUGACUGGGAGAAUCAUUUGACAACAAUAUUUCCAGAGGUUAGACUGAAAAGAUACUUGGAGAUGAGGGGUGCUGAUGGAGGACCCUGGAGAAGGUUGUGUGCGUUGCCUGCAUUUUGGGUAGGACUGUUGUAUGAUGAGGUCUCCCUUCAAAAUGUUCUUGACAUGGUAGCUGAUUGGACACCUGCAGAAAGGCAAAUGUUACGCGAUAAGGUUCCAAGGAUGGGGUUAAAGACACCAUUUCGAGAUGGAUUUCUAAAGCACGUUGCUCAAGAUGUUGUGGAUUUGGCCAAGGAUGGACUAGAAAGAAGAGGGUUCAAGGAAGUUGGCUUCUUGAACGAGGUGGCAGAAGUAGUCAGAACAGGAGUGACUCCUGCCGAGAAGCUUUUGGACUUGUACAAUGGGAAAUGGGGGCAAUCAGUUGAUCCUGUUUUUGAGGAGCUUCUGUACUAAAGUGCUGCAAUUAGGUUAUUUUACUGGCACUUUCCAAUGGCUGCCACUUUUUUGUAUAAUACGUUUGUCCUCCUACGCCCUUUGCCGUAAUCUGCAGACUGCAGGUGGGUUUCUGGUUCUCUCGGGAGACCAAUAGAUAACCCCACAAGAAUAAAAGUCACCCAACCUUAUGUAUAUCCUUAGAGGAGGCCUCUCACAAACUAGACCCUCCUCUUGGAAUGUAACUUAAGAUGCCUGUGGUUAACUGUUGAACUAGCAAAUGUGUUCAGUCCAUGUAAACCCUCAUUUAUGCAAGAAAAUGGUCUUUCCAUGGCCACUUUGUGGAUCUGGUC